GUCCAAGCGGUAACACCUCCCAAUCACUUGAGUGCGUGUAUGCCAGAGUCUGGCCACGAAAUUCUUCGUCCAACGCCACGAAGGUAAGUAUUACCACGAAAAAAAUUUCAGGUGGAGAAGCGCUCGUUAAAAAUUACGAGCGCUGACCAAUUACCUCUCUAUCGAUGAACGAUGUCGGACAAGUUGAAUGACAUUCCAAUGUCAUACCCAUCUGAGAGAUAAAAAAGAAAACCCCAUGAAAAAUGGCAUAAUGCUUUGCGAAAUUAAUCACACUAUGAACGAAUAAGAAGGAUUGAUUGUGGCAGGUCAGGUAGGUAGAAAGAAAACAAGUGAUGAAAAUGGCGUUAAAAGUCCCCAAGUUGGAGCCUGAUGUAACCCCGCAUUGCCGUCUGCCUGGAGGUUCGAUAACCUUACCCAGAGUCAUAAAAUCAAUUUUUCAUUUUUCUUCCCUCCACCUCUUCUUCACCCUCUCAUCAAAGUUGAUCAUUAAAAACUGAAAAUGCUGAAAUCCUGGAACAGUAGCGGUGGCUUAGAAAAAAAACAAACAAACAAACAAAAAAAAACAAAUAACAACGAAAAAACAAAUAAAAAUAGCGGUGCGAUGUGGAGAAUAAUAGGAGUACCUAGACUUAUCUCUGUGAAAUCGAAAAAUGUGUUGGAAAAAAUUAAGAAGAGAAACGUUAGUUGAAGAAAAAGAGUGAGGACGCUGUGAAUGUGUACUCACGGGAAACACAUUGGCCUGAAUAUGUGUUUAGCGUUUAUUGUUGUCAGUUCACGAUAAUCCUCCACUUUUACAUUUUCAACAACUUAAAGUUCCCAGACAUUCAUUGCAAAACACGUAACUUUCAAACAUACUCAUUUAAAACCCUGCUCAAACCGAGAUGAAAGUAGUGUACUAGACACAUCCCUAAUGAAGCAUGUGCGAAAUUUUUUGACAGGAAAUUUGCGAAAAAAAAAAGGGGGGGGGGAGGGAAUGCAGCGAUUGCUCCGAUGUUACCUUUGUUUUUCUUCUUUUUAAAUUGUCACGGAGGUUGGCAGGGGUUGAGUUGAAGCAGGAUGUAGGAUGAGCACCGGAUGUUCAGCCCUAAAUCACUGAUACUAACACUGGUACUCUUGGUCUUUUCAAUGAGGGAAACAUGAAAUUUCAUUCGCAAAAAAAUAAAACGUUUAACGUCGGCUAGGGGCUGUGAGUAGUGAGCCCCUCGUCCCUAAUGGACUUGACCUACACCUCGCUGCUUAUAUUCUUCCAUGAAUGAUACCACUGAAUUUAUAACAAAAGACGCCUAUAUACUGUUGGAUGAGGUUGUUUCCAUUACCCCCCUCGCGAUGCCCAACAGAGGAAGUACACACGUUUCACCCGUUGAUGUGCAGGAAGUCACGAAAGAGGCUUAGUUCAGUCAUAUGUUUACAUCCGAACGAGAAUGUAAGUGGCUCUCCACAUUAAAACUUAUCUCUAAAUUGUAAAUUUAUCAAUAUCUUAAAGGAUUAAUCGCAAAUCCCUCCAAAUAAAUCGAGUGAAUUGACAUAAUGACGACUUACGUUUCAUUAAUAAACGAAUAUUUCAAUGUAACUUUCUUUGUCAAUACUGAUUGCCAUGGAUGACAAGUACUCACACAUAAUAACUCGUUAAAAUUCUGGAAAUGAGUUAAUAAUGCCAAAGAAAAAUUCAUCCUGCACCAGCGCUAAUUGCAAUUGUCACAUGUGCAAAGAAUUGAAGGGUUGCAGAAUGGAUAUGCCACCAAUUGAAUCAUACAUUGGCAAACAGUCGGACACAGUGAAUUUCAUUCUGCGGAGGCCUAUACCAUUUGUGAACCGUACACCGUCGAGGGAGUGGCAGGAAGCGACAAAGUGUGAUGUCUAUGAGAGCAUGUCGACGCUUGAGGACAAAACUCGUCUGACAUUUGAUGGAAAAGCUAGGGAGCAGUUUGUCGGGAGUUCAGUAAAGUGUCCGAGUGCACUGUUAUCGAGCCCCUACAAAUCGUUAGGAGUGCACAAAAGUCGAGGACCACUACCAACGCGCCCCGCACCACCUAAACCUUUACUGAAUCUCAGCAUGGUAACGCCCAACUGGAAUAAUAAUGAGGAAAAACCUACGAGCAAUUGUAAAAAUAAAGUGGUUAUUUACUGUGGGGAUAAUAAUCCAAAUAUCGCACACGAUUAUGAACAGAUGAGCAUGAUAACUGACGAGAGUCAAUCUUCGUGGUCAGUGAUACAAGCCAGUGAACAUCCAAACCAGAAAUUUCAACAUUUAACUCUUGACUGUCAAAAUGUUGAAACACGUAAUAAUGAAGGAACCAGUGAAAUAAUCAUCAAGGUCACUCCCAGUAAGAAGGACAUCAUCAGGAUAGAAGAAGAUGAGACUCUCCUAGAGGACUACUGGUCAUUGCCUGGUGAUACGACCGGAUUUAAGGCGGACUGGAGUUUUGUACAGCAAUGGAGAUUGAGGGGACCCGGAGGUGGUACACGAGAAAUUUUCUCUCCGCCGUAUGCCAAGGAUAGCUCAGAAUUACCACCUUCAAAAUCACAUAAUAUGGUUCAUAUGAUACCGGAAAGGGACACGGACAGUGUGGCACCAACACCUACGCCCCAAUAUCCACACCAAGCUCAACAUCAUCAUAUCAAUUUGCAUGAGCUUCAGGGUCCGAGACGUAUGAGUAGCGAGGGUACGGGCAAUAGCUCCUCCGACGAGAACCGUUCAUCAGGGCACGCAAGUAUGUCCGAUACAGGUGGACAUACAAGCAGUAGUUCCCCACCCCAUCGUCAUCACCGUAGUCAAAAUCCUUGCCAAUUGAAUUCCGUCCCCGAGGAUGACAGGCUCUCAGCGUCAGUUACUCAGAGAAAUGGCCGCAUAAGAAAUGGACAGAGUCGUAAUCGCCAUCGAGCCACUCCCGCCAAGUUGCAUGGAGUGCCAUGGUCGCAGCAUAGUUCUGGACUGGAGGACAUUAAACUAGCCAUUCAGCAACUGACAAUGCGUUCCCACACAUCAACGUCAACUUACUCCUCUCUAAGUGGCUCUGAGAGUUCUGAACCGGCAGUUAGAAGACUCAUACGACAUUCUAGUCUUGAGACAAUCAAUACAAACGUCACGAGUGCUGAUGAAUUUGUAUGGGUUGAUUCCCAUAAUCGUUUGGUGGAGCUACAACAGCUGCCCUGGACACAUCACGACGUUUUAAGACUGCUGCAAAAUGGUAGAACUCGAGAACAUGUGGAUGAGGUAGCGAUGGAGACGAUUCCGAGACUCUCAUAUCUCCUCCAACGUGCCCUAGUUCGCAUCGCAAGAGAAAUACAGAGAUUAUCAAGGCCUCUCGGUCUUUGCUCCAAGUACGAAGUGUACUCUGCCUUUAAAAUAGUCCUCUGUCCAGCCCUCGCUGAUUCUUGCACAAAGGCUUGCCUCCGUGCUGCUGCCAUGUUUGCCGUUUCUGGAGAUCAAAUCAAACAAUCAAAAGCCUCUCGCUCUGGCCUUCAGCUUCCAGUUGGUAGAUUCUUUCGAUGGAUGUCAGAUGUUAAACUUGGUAGGAUGAUUCAUGAAUAUGCUGCUAUUUAUCUUGCUGCAGGAAUGGAGAAUCUUUUGGAGGAGAUACUGUUGCAAUGUCUUCCCACUGAGCCCCACACAACUCUCACAGCUAGCAUGCUGGAACAUGCAAUCGCCAACAGUGGUGACCUUUGGGGACUCCUUCAGCCAUAUGCACAUUUAAACGCCGGUAGAAUAGCUUGUGGGGCACUCGCUAUGCCCAGAUGGGCUAGUGUCAGUUCAUUAAACUCUUCAAAUUCAUCAAAGAGUGGAAGAGAGACAUCAACAACACUGCCUGUUGCGGCACUCGUUGAGUCGUCACUCUUGACAACUUGUGUUGGCUCAAUGGCCGAAUUACUCGAUCUAAUUGGAAAAGUUUCUCAUACCGGCGGGUCCUCUCUACCGCUCACCAAUAAGGCAUUAAAUGCCUUGUUUUAUUAUAUGCGCUGUUCUCAACUUGAGCAUGGUGAGAGAGGGGGUCCAGCAAUUCAAGAACUCUCCUAUGAGCGCGCCUACGUUGUACUGCCACCCCUCGUCGAGUGGCUACGGGUAGCUACAGCACAUGCUGACCACCGUCACAGCCUCAUCCUCGACCACGACGAUAUAAAUCAAGCAGCAAGACUCCUCCUUCCUGGGGUCGAUUGUCCAGUGCGUUCCAUCACUUUCGACGAGAUAACUCUAUCGAAACGCAUUGACGAUUUGGAAUAUAUCCGCCGUCUUAGCCUAGAUAUGGCCUUUAAGAUGAUGAUAAGUGGUCGUGCGGAGCUCAUAUCCCAGGCCUGUGCUUUUCUUCCCACCACUAAACACAAUACUGUCAAUGACAAUGGCUUUACAGCUCUGAUGCUCGCUUGCAUUGUAGCAAAUGAGACUGCAGUGACUGCCCUCCUUGACGCCGGUGCAGAUCCCAAUGUCGAGAGCCCACUACCACUCGCCAAUUCAAAUUCAACAAUACCAACAAUAAAUCCAACUAUCACAACCGCCGUCCUAACUACAAGUAGCCCUGGACAAAAAAUACCCUCCUACUCCUAUGGCAACAAUUCAAAUUCUAUUCAGAGCUGUUUCAAUCCAGAGACACAACACUGGACAGCUCUGACAUACACUGCUCUUCUGGGUCACUGCAGUAUCGCUAGGAUUCUGUUAGAGAGAGGAGCAGGUGUCGAGGGUGGUGCGAAACUCAGUGAGGACAAGUGCACAGUGACUCCUCUCCAGGCAGCUUCAGCCACUGGAAAUCAUGAGAUGGUCGCUCUGCUGCUGGCACAUGGGGCUCAACCAUUCUUAUCUACUCUUAUGAAGGACUCCUUCUGUUACUCUGGGGCUGCGCAGCGAGGCUGUUAUUCAGCUAUUUCAGUGGCAACUGCUCACGGACAGAGAGGCUGUCUUCGUCAGCUUCUCUCAAAUCCCCUGAAUUUUUCUGCAAAACGAGGUGAAAGAGAGGAGGUUUUGUCCCUUGAAGAAAUUCUCGCUGAGGGAAAUUCUAAUACUGGCCAAUACCAGAGCAACAUACAACAGCAGUCGUUGGAUGGUCGCAGUGGUCGUAAAGAGGAAAAGGAACCGGUUUUUAAUAAAAAUCAGAAUAAAGCCCUGCACGAAGCCAUGUACCACAGCGCUGAGAGCAAUCAUCUCGAUAUUACUAUGGAGCUCAGAGGAUUCAACGUAAUGUGGAGUCUGCAUUGCUGGAUUCACAGCCUCUCCACGGCACAUGAAAUGAGAAAAGAUACUGUCAUUGAUCAGUUACUCCACGAUUUUCUCCAAGUCCGUCCAGAUGAUUACUCUAAUCAAUUCGUGCAGGAGUGUCUUCCGUUGCUAUUCAAUAUCUUUCGAUAUAGUAAGAGGGAGGACACAAUACUUUUGCUUGGUGAUAUAUUCUCCACCUGCUUUGGAUGGGAACCGAUAAAACCAAUCAGGGAUACAACUCUAUCUAGUGGUUCUAGGAUAGACCCCAAGUUUGUUAAUAAUCCAGAGCUAAGUGAUGUUCAGUUCCGAGUGGAGGGGAAGGUAUUUUAUGGACAUAAAAUUGUUCUGGUCACGUCUUCACCGAGGUUCAGGAAUAUGCUGAGUUCAAAAUUGUGUGAGGGAAACCCACCAAUCGUGCAGAUUAAUGAUAUACGUUAUCAUAUUUUUCAGAUGGUCAUGGAAUUUCUAUACCACGGUGGCUGUACUACUCUAGAAGUGAACCAGAGCGAUGUAUUAGAAUUAAUGGCAGCAGCCAACUUUUUCCAACUGGAUGGAUUGCUUCGAUUUUGCGAAUCUCAAUGCUCUGCUAUGAUUGAUCUCGAUAACAUCGUUUCCAUGUACAUCCAUGCUAAGGUAUAUAACGCUGCACAAUUACUAGAGUACUGCCAGGGAUUUCUUCUUCAAAAUAUGAUUGCCCUGCUGACCUACGAUGACUCAGUUAAACGUCUAUUAUUUGCUAAAAAAUUACCCAACCACGAUGUACUUGCUGGAUUGCUUCUCACCCUGCAGUCACGAUUAAAAUCGAGCAGACCACAGUUGCAAAAUAUUAAAUUGAAAGCAUAGAAAGUAUAGAUAUUUAAAAAUUAUUCUUAUCUGUCUUAAGGGGUUACACUACCCUGACGCUCGAAAAAACAGGUCAAAAAAUGAAUUUGUUCUUUAAUGCACAUAUUAUAUUUAUACGGAAACUUUUAUUUUACAUACAUAUCAUAGAUAUUUCCGAAUAAUUUUCAAGAAAAAAUAUUCUUAAAAGAAUAACAAAUUUUUUAAGCGAAAAAAAAACGAUUUUUUUUUCCAGUAUAGUGUAACCCUUUAAUCCAUAAAAAGACUGGAAUAACUCGUUCGAUAGUAUUAUUUACUCUUUAAGAAGGAGCAUCUUUCAGCAUCUAUGUACUAAAUACCCUAAAUCUUAAGACCCAGUUGAAUUAUCUUUUCUACAUUUCCUAGAUAUUAUUUUUUGUUCUGUUUUUCUUCAUUAUAUUAUUAAAAAGUAUUAUUUCGUAGAUGCUUUCAUACAUCAAUUCGAUGAUUCCAUCUGUAAAAUGAUUUUUUUUUAAUGUUAUACAACAAUAACCACGUAGAUAAUGUCGGAGAGAUAAUUCGGCCGUACCUUAAUUCCAUACUUGCCAAGUUUCAAUAUAAUAAACAUGAAUUUUCGAAGAUUGUUGUGCAAAUAGUUGUAUGUAAAAACGUUAUAAAGUUCAUAUUAUUUAUGUGAUGAGAACUGUACCCUCAAUAGUAAUAAAAUAAAUUGCAUAAAUAUUUUUUAAUAGAACCAAUGAAAGACUCGAAGUACACCAAGUAUAAUUUUUAAUAGAAUAUAGGUAAGUAGGUUUUAAAAUUGUAUUUAUUUUUUCUUUGUUUUUUUUUAUAUAUAUAUUUUGUAGUAUAAUUGCAUUAUUACUAUAAUUUUGCAUACAAGUUAACAAUUACAAUAUUACUGAGUAUCCUCCGAGAAAGAUAAUUCAUUAGAAGUAUAUACAAUAUCAAGAUAAUAGUUUAUGAUAAUGGUGAUAAUUAAUGAAUCUAUUUUCAAUUUUAUUUCUUUUUAUCUUGGAAUGCCUAACAAUUAUCAUUUACGUUGACUCAAAUUGGAUUUUCGAGUUAAUUGAGUUGUCUCGGACAAUUUUAACCUGUUCACGCUUGACUGAACAAACAAAAAGUUGGUAAUUAUUAUUUAAUUAAAUUCCAUUUCAUUACUGGCAGCUGAGAAUAAUGAAACCUUUGCCUAUAUUCUAUACAAUGAAAAACAACUUAUCGAGAG